CGCGGCCGCGUGCGUCGCCACUCCGUUUCCAUAGCGCACCGUCUUGCGCAAUGUGACGGAUUGGCGGUCCGCGCGAUCAGAAUCCCCGCCGCGUCGUGAAGUGGAUGCUUCUGUUGCUAGGAACGGAUAAAAGGACUUUUAUCUCCCCCAUUCGUUUGUGCCGUAACACACGCCGUCGAAAAAAAUACAUUUGCGGUGCACGCGCCUUUCUGUCGCGUCACGAGCUGAACCGUCUCCGUCAUUCCAGCCGGAGGAAAGUCGCUCUCUGGAUGUGAGAUUGCGUGAAAGAAGGAGCAGAGGACAACUUCGGCGUUGCGAGUCCACCGGUGAUCGGCGAGGGGGCGAGCUGCAGGCAGACGGACAGAUAGACACCGCGGCUGCGUGCUGGCCAAGGAAUAACACACUGACGCACGGAAUUGCAUUCACAGGUCCGUGAUCGGCGAUCUGCCCGCCGAGCUGUGAUCAGGAUCACGACGCUACUGUUUGUAAAGCAGAUGCGUUCCGCCGUUAUUCGACGCUGAACUAGGUUACUCGUACAGCUUGUCAUCAACUGGCAUCACAACAGAUCUGAGCUAGCCUCGACAUCCUAACGCUACUACAUAUGGCUGCAUACGUUUGUGUGAGGUUCGGUUUGGGUCACAUGAGCUAAAAAUCGGACCGAUUGAUUUUUGGACUCGUUUGGAGACCAAGCGGAAACCUGGCGCCGUAAUCAGUGCGCGCUGUUUAUUAAACCCGUCUCCGUGUUCAGAGCGCAAAUCAAUCGGCGCGUGAUCUCUCUAAGGUUCCUGUGUGAUUCCUGUCUUUCUUUACGAGCUCAUCUCCAUCAGGAAACACUUUCUCUGGUGUCGACUAGAUAUGCGGAGAUGCAACUAAAAAUGGAUGGGAUUAUCAGCAUUUUGGGGCUUAUUACGCUGAUCCUGGACGGCAUUUCCUCUGAGGGAGUGUACGCACCCCCUACUGUCCGGAUCGUGCACUCAGGCCAUGCAUGUAACGUGGAGGAGGAGCGCUACACAGAGAGAGUGUACACUAUCCGGGAGGGUGAGACCCUGGAGCUCACGUGCCUGGUGACUGGACACCCGAGGCCACAGAUUCGAUGGACUAAGACAGCAGGCAGUGUUUCAGACCGUUUUCAGGAUUCAAGUGUCUUUAAUGAGACACUUCACAUCGCUAAGAUCCAGCGGCACCAAGGUGGUCGCUAUUACUGCAAGGCUGAAAACGGCCUCGGCUCGCCAGCAAUUAAGUCGAUCAGAGUGGAUGUCUACUAUCUAGAUGACCCAGUCGUGACGGUUCAUCAGAGUAUAGGUGAAGCCAAAGAACAGUUCUACUAUGAGAGGACAGUUUUCCUCCGCUGCGUGGCCAACUCCAACCCUCCAGUGCGUUACAGCUGGCACAGGGGCCGAGAUGUUCUGUCUCAAGGCUCAGAUAAGGGUGUGGAGAUAUACGAACCCUUCUUUACACAGGGGGAAACAAAGAUCCUGAAGCUGAAGAACCUGAGGCCCAAAGACUAUGCCAACUACAGCUGCAUUGCCUCCGUCAGGAACGUCUGCGGCAUUCCUGACCGUAGGGUCAUCUUCAGGCUCACCAAUAAAACAGCCUCCCCAUCCAUCAAGCUGCUGGUGGAAGAUCCGAUUGUAGUGAAUCCUGGACAGACAGUGUCUCUGGUGUGUAUCGCCACGGGAGGUGAACCUCCACCCACGUUGACGUGGACCAGCGUCUCUGAGCACCUACCGGAGAAAAGUGUUUUGAAGGACGGUACUCUAACGUUACCAGCCAUCUCUUCUGAAGAAGCCGGCAUCUAUAGCUGCAUUGCCAGCAACAACGUAGGAAACCCGGCAAAAAAGUCAACCACCAUUAUUGUGCGAGCGCUGAAAAAGGGCCGCUUUUGGAUCACGCCUGACCCGUACCACAAUGACGAUAACAUCCAGAUCGGCCGUGAAGUGAAGAUCUCGUGCCAGGUUGAGGCGACACCCCCUGAGGAGUUGCAGUUCAGCUGGCUGAAGAACGGCCGAGCUCUGCGCAGCUCUGAGCGCAUGGUCAUUACCCAGACUGACCCUGACAUCUCCCCAGGAACCACCAACCUGGACAUCAUCGAUCUGAAGUUCACUGACUUUGGCACCUACACCUGUGUGGCGUCGCUCAGAGGCGGGGGCAUCCCCGAGAUCAGCAUCGACGUCAACAUCUCUUCCACCACUGUUCCUCCCAAUUUGACCGUGCCAAGGGGCAAGUCCCCACUGGUGGUGCGGGAAGGUGAGACAGUGGAGCUGGAAUGCCUUGUUUCAGGAAAGCCCAAGCCCAUCAUCCUGUGGUCACGGGCUGAUAAAGAGGUGCCGAUGCCAGACGGAAGCAUGCAGAUGGAAAGCUACGAUGGUGUGCUGCGCAUCAUCAACGUGUCUCGUGAGAUGAGUGGCUCCUACCGCUGUCAGACCAGCCAAUAUAACGGCUUCAACGUCAAACCUCGGGAAGCCUUGGUGGAGCUCAUAGUGCAGUAUCCUCCGGCUGUAGAGCCUGUGUCUUUGGAGGUUCGUCAGGGUCUGAGCCGGCCUGUACCGAUGACCUGCCGUGUUCUGCGUGCUCACCCUUCACGAGUGUUGCGGUACGAGUGGCGUCUGGGCUCACGCCUUCUGCACGCAGGCCACUUUGACACAAGCGAUGAAACUGAGUAUUCAGUGCGUAGCCUCACCCGUGACGGCUACGGAGAGUAUACCUGUGACAUCAUCAAUGAGGCUGGAGCUGGCCGCUGCACCUUCCUGGUCACUGGAAAAGCUUAUGCUCCAGAGUUCUACUAUGACACCUACAGUCCACUGUGGCAGAACCGGCCUCGUGUUUAUGGCUAUAAGCUGCAGUGGACACAGAUGAACCCUGAUACAGUGGACCGUAUCAUGGCUUAUCGUCUCGGCAUACGGCAGAUCGGGCAGCAGAGGUGGUGGGAGCAGGAAAUACCUGUUGAAGGCCCCAUUCAGAAAGGAGAGCUUAUCACUUAUAACCUGACAGAGCUCAUCAGACCUGAAGCCUAUGAAGUGCGCCUGACCCCUAUCACCCGCUUUGGUGAGGGAGACUCCGCCAUCAGGAUGGUGACCUACAGUGCUCCCAUUAACCCACAUCUGAGGGAAUUCCACUGCAGCUUUGAGGAGGAACCCAUUUGCAUGUUCACUCAGGACAAGAAUGACAACUUUGAUUGGACAAGACAUAGCGCCGCCACACGGGACACUAAAUACACUCCCAACACAGGACCCAGUGGAGACCGCAGCGGCUCAAAACAAGGAUUCUAUAUGUACAUCGAGACUUCCAGACCCCGUAAAGAAGGGGACAAGGCCCGAUUGCUGAGCCCCACCUUCAACGUGGCACCUAAAAAUCCUUACGGCAUCACCAACCCUCCUGCAUACUGCUUUGGCUUUUAUUACCACAUGUACGGGAAACACAUCGGCACUCUGAAUGCGUUUAUGAAGCAGAAAGGUCAAGCUACCUCGGAUGCUGGUCCAGUCUGGUCACUCAGUGGGAAUCAGGGCGAUCGGUGGAAACAGGCCAAAAUCAGCAUCCACCCCACCUCCUCCUUUCAGGUGAUCUUUGAAGGCAUCCGAGGUCCAGGGAUCGAGGGGGACAUUGCAAUUGAUGAUGUCACUCUAGAAGAGGGGGAGUGUCCUGACCCUCCAUCUAAUCAUAUCAGAUCUAAGGCUUCGUUCCAAGUGACACAUAUAUGGCCGCUAUGCCCCGCCCUGGCUUUUACACUGUUUCCAGGUCUUAGGUGACCACCUCGCUAGGUGGAGACUGGUGGCACUGUCUGAGGCCGCAAUCCCGUACCCUCAAUAUAAUCACCAAAGAUUCACAUUUUCAGAUGACUGAGAGGGAAACAGCACUGUCUCAAUAUGGAUUAUCAGACAUAAAAUCAUGAAAAAUGGAAAAACAAACAAAAAAAAGACAAAAAAAGUAAUAAGGAUUUGAUGUAUCUAUCUACAAUCUGCAAACUAUUUUGCUGUAAGAUGCUCCCAAGGACUUGGAGGAGAGCAGCUUACUGAUGGAGUAGCAUGAGUCAGGGCUCAUGUGAGGGGCUCCCACGCAGAUCUAAGGACAGUUUGUAAAGCACAAGGACAACUUUGCCAGCUGGCAGUUAAAAAAAAACUCAUUAUAAAGGUGGGGAAAUGACAAGUGAUGGCAGUCUCCACCAGCUCUUUACUAUGAACACCUUUCAGUGUCUCAUCCUCCCUGUCCUUCAUUGUAUAUUUAGAUCUUAUAAGCUUUUUUUCUCCACAUUCAGCCCUCAUACAGUACACACACAUGAUUUAACCUUCUUUUGGCUUGGUGCUUUAGAAUACAUAUGAAAAACUAUGGGGGAAAAAAAUAUACUCAUAUCUGCUUUAUAUCCCAACCUGGGUAGCGGCCUGUUUUGAUUUUCAACACUGUGCUCACAUCCCCUAGUGGCAGGCCAAGGGUAGGAGACCAGGACAAAGGAGCUAAUGAGCACCUGAUGAAGGAGGGCAGAAGAGAGUGAAGAGAAGAAGAAGUGCAUAUGCCUGAGGUGGAAGGCCAUGGAGGAAUACAAGAACAGGUUAAGAAAAUGCUCAGAUUUUCUCUUUGGCAAGAACAUUAACAACAUUGGAGCCACUUUCUGCCAUGAAAUACAAAGUGCCUUCAGAUUAUGAGCAGAAUUGCGAUCCUGGCCGUUAACACCAAACGCGUCAAUAAGCAGAAUUUCUAGAAUUUCAGAAAUGCUUCAGAAGAAGCAAAAUUUCUAACGUCACCGUUGGGCUAUUUUGUAUGAUUAUUUUGCUCCUUCAAGUGCUGAUUUGAAUGGCGGUGGAGGUAGAAGAUGGUCCCAGAAGUCAGCACAAAGACCUGCCUGUAAUUUGCAGAUUUAGCAAAGUUCCAUACGAAACACAGGUAACUAUGUUCUCUACCAGAAGAGCAAAAACAUCUUUGACUGUGCUCAGUGUCACUUUGCUGUUCUGCUGUCUUCAGAACUGGAAGGCUACUGCGAUGCUGGUUGGAAAGGUACAUGGAGACAUAGUCAGCCUGCCAUGUCAUUGCUUUACACAGACUCUCAUCAAGUGGGCCUUAGAACAGUAAGAAAUAAACACAACACCAUGGAGGUGAAAGCAGGUGGCAGAGCCUGCGCAGGUUAAGGCCUACUAUCCCUACCCACACCUCUGCCAUUUCUAUUGAACAGUGUGCAUUCUGAAAGAAAAAAAAAGAUGAUAUUAAUAAUAAAAUAUUUUAUUACACUAGCAAGAAUGUUUCUCUGAUUUUACACAAACUGUGAAAAAAAAACUGUGGAAGAAAUUUACCUGAAAGUAACCAUAACCAGCUGGUUUUUAAAAACAUUCUAAAAAAAAAAAAGGAAAGAAAGAGAAAGACAGGAUGAAAGAAAGAAAAGAACAUUUCCGUAUAUUGUUGGUUAUGAAUAAUGUUUUGAGGAGCUGUGUCUUGUUUCUUAUUUUUCUGUUAAUGCUGUUAUGACUUUUAGCUUUCUUUAAUUCUUGUUGUCUCCCUUGCAUUGCUGAAAAUAUCAAAAUGGUUGGAACUUAUUGAAUAAGUUGGUUUGGUAAAUGUAAACAAACCUGUAUAUGUAAAGAAGCUCUGUUAAUCAAGGUUUAUAUGAAAUGUUUAUGUAUGAAUACAGGAAGCACAAUAUUUAAGGUUCCACAUUAAAAAGGCAGUUUUAAUUCAUGUAUGUGACUUUCUAUUUGCAAAGCCAAGAAUAUGAAAUUUGAGGAUGUAAUUUUCUAAUUGAAUUUCCUCUUGUCUUACCAGAAGAACCCUUUUUAUUACUCACAUUCAAAAUAUUACUAGUAUUUGGUCAUCGGUAUGUCUUAAAAGAGGCCUGUUUUAAACCUUCCAUCUUGGCUUUCAUUGUCCAUCGGUACAGAGGGAGGAUUCGAAUGCAGAGACAAACUACUGGACAAAAGGUUCUGAGAUCACUUGAGACCUUCAUAGUCUUGGUUUUGUUAGUUGUCGGUCACAUAUAUGUCCUGGUAUAUGCAGUGUAAUAUAGGUGUGCUAGGAACCAGAUACAAUACAUGUUGAUAAUGUGACCAAACCAGAGCACAAUGACUGACUGUCAUUACAGGACACAGGAUUUUAUUUACUUUUACACAAUUCGACAGAUGCCCUUAUCCAGAGCAACUUACAGUAGUGCUCUGUAGUCUAAAUCAAAAUAAAUAUCCUCAUACUCAUACAAAUAGAUCAGGGACUAAGAAUAAUAUUAAGCUAUAACCUUUAGCUGAUGGCUUGUGCAGGCCAUUUUAGAGCUCAGGUCAAUUUGCACUUUUUUUUAAGCAUCAGAUAAAAACUAUUAAAAUGUAGAACCACUUAACUGACAAAAUGACACCCUAAUAACAUAUGCUUUCAAGGCAAUAAAAUGUACUUAGCCUUUUUAUAGCCAAGCAAAUGACAAAACAAACAGUUGUGUUAACUACAGAUUGAAAUGAAUUGAGUAAUUGGUUUUAAUUCCUUACUAUAAUCUAAACCUCUUAGCUCUCAGUAUUUCUGCAGUAUUUUGGCAACGUGUUACUCCUUUGCUCAUUUUAAUUGUAUUCAUUGUAUAAACAGCUUUCCUACAUGGCCUUUCCUUUCUAUAAUCCAUACAUACAUUUAAUAAUUAAAGAGCUUAAUCAUGUCUACUAUCAGCUACCUAUUUGGUAUGGUGUUUGAUGUAUAUAUGUGUACAAAUAAAUGUAAAAAUUACAGAUUGUUUAAUUUUAUGAAUAAAAGUCCAUUUCAAAAUUCAUGGAGGAAAGAAAAAGUGUUAUGGGCCAUACCGGUCUAAUGAAGUGUAAAAGCCAGAGCAUAUGGAAGAAGAAGUUUGCCAAGAUAUGGAUUAGUUAUUGCUUGUAAAACCUCAAGCUCAAAUCUGAUCCAAGACUGUAGUCCAGACACCUGUUACCUCAAUGUUGCUUGCACAAUCCCAUUUAAAAUACACUUCAAAUUAUGGUCCAGAUUCACAGUUGAUCUUCAUAAUUAUGCAAAAUGCACCCAGUAGCUACAGGAACUCCAUUGGCUAAUUUGUACCGCACCAGAGUUGAAAUGUUUGCGAGGUUCUUAAGCUUUUCUCCUUAUGUAUUUAAUUUAGAUUCGAGAUGAGAUAUUUUGCCUUUUUGGCCUUCACUGAUUUAUCUCAGCUCAUCACUUCAUACAGUAGCUUGCUUUUUUCCCCUGAACACCUGGUUACAAAACACUGUACAGUAUGUAGCGCAUUACUUCACCUAAGGAUACCAAGGUGUGUUAAUAGCUUAAUAUAUCUGUCAUUAACACAAGGGCUUUUAAAAAUAAUAUGAUUUCAAUUCUGUGGCUCACAUCUAGUAAAUAAUGCUAUUUCACAGCAAUUAAUAUUGAUAGUAGAAGCUGGUCCUCUAUUGCUUCCACUUUGGUAGCCUCUCUGAACAUAUUACAAAUGAUUAAAUGAAAAGUUUCCAUGAAUGAGUGUAUGAGUCUAGUCCAAUUCCUGUACUGACACACCAUCAUUGUACUCUGCUUUGUGCUCUGUUUAGGCUUCCUUUCACUGUAUUUCUUUGGAUUUAUCACUGAUUCUUUGUGCCAUCCCUACAACUAAUGAUAAAACAAUAAUAAAAAAAAGCAGGUAUUUUACAUCAGCGUUUGAAAAAUGUUCUUUCACAA